CUGCUCAAAUAAUCCCAUUAAACAAAUCUUAUCAAUCUUUAAUCUCAGACGAGUGGAAACGAUGUUUGUUCGUUCAAUGGUCUGUUACGAUGGCCCUGAUACUUUAAUAGGCUACAAAUGCAGCAGGAGUCAGAACCACCGACAAGACGCGUCUCAUCAUGGACAAAGUCAACGGCAUAUCUGCUAGCGAUAGGGGUGAUGUUUGCGCUCUUAACGCCUUGAUGAAGAUGACAAAGAUCCCUAUCAUCUGUAUCGCUAAUGAUAGAGGCGCUCAGAAGCUGAAGCCACUCAUCGCAAAUACUUUUGGCAUGUCAUUUCGACAAUAUGUUGAACUCAAUUUCAGGAGUAACACGACCUCACUGGAGCAACAGGCCCGAAGCUCAAGUUGUCCGAUGACGCAUAAUGACGAUCGCGUACAAGGAGAGAAUGAAGAUCCCUGCCAACGCCAUCGAUCAGCUUAUCACUGCCUCUCAGUCAGAUAUUUGACAAGCUUUGAAUAUGUUAUUGAUGUGGCAACUAUCCAAUAGCAUCAUGAACUUUAACGAGGUAAAUAAUCUGUACGUGAAAAAAAAUUGCUUGUACCUAUUCAAUGAUCUUCGCACGUCCUAU